CAGUGAUAAGAGAUAUCGAACAAAAGAAGAAGGGGAAGGUAGUAAAUCUAUACUCCUUGUACAACAUUGGUGCCGGGAAUAUCAAAAGAAAAUGAUCGCCAAGUCGAUAGGAGUUCUGCUUCUCUGUGGGGUCGCUCUGGGCUUCCCCUACCCAGGCCCCAAGCCAGGCCCGGCCCCGGGACCCGCUCCCGGUCCUAACCCCGCUCCAUUCCACGGCGGCGGCGGCUAUGGAGGUUAUGGAGGAUAUGGAGGCUAUGGAGGAUAUGGCAUUGGUCUGGUCGAGGAAGUGAUCACUCCCCCUGUCAUCCCUCCCGUUCUCAACACUGUUGAUGUGUACGACAUCGCUACCCUGGGAGUCAUCCCCGCACCCCCAGUAGAGUACGUCUACCCCGCCGUCGGCUACGAGGCUUUCGGUCUGGGUGGAUACCCAGAGUACUUCGGUGGAAUCCUGGGAGGUUACGGAUACGGUGGCCCUGGAUACGGAUACGGAGGAUACGGAGGAUGGUAAAUGUUAGUUUAAUAAAAAAAAUAAAAAACCA